AUGAAUGAAGCUUCCAGAGAUCUAGUUUCACAACAUCCAUUGUAUCUCGCAAUGUAUAAAUGCGUGGAGGAUGAAUUAGAAAUGUACGAUUAUCGUGAUCUUUAUCCAGGUUGGGGAGUGAUGACAGUGGAUUAUCGGAUUCUAAUUCAAGAAUUGUUUAAGGUAGAUAAUCGAGAACUAACAAGCUUUGUCCCAAGAGUUGGAUCUCAAUAUCUAAAAUUUUUAAUACCAUUAGGACUUGGCUACCCACAGCACGCUAAGAGGCUAUUCAGGCUUAUUUUGUCACUUCCUAUGUGUGAAUAUGAGAUAGAGAAUACGGGUAAUUCUUCUAGUAGUGGUAAUAAAGGAAGCUCGAAUAAUUAUAUCAAACAAUUUCCCUAUUUUAGGUGUGGUAACAAUUAUUUGACAGAAAUGGGGGACGACGAAGUAGCCAUCAUUGUAAGGGAAAUUUUCCUACGAAUGGAGGAUAUCAAUUUGGCAGACGCCCUUACGGGUUUUGCUUUCCAUGAAUACGAAUUGAUUCCUCGCGGUGAUUCACUAGAAGAUCCUUAUAAACUCGCAUUUCUCA